CGUACGAUCACUCUUCCUGUGGUGCUUCAUGCGGUAUGUCUUCAGGUGAAGGAGUUACUGGAGAAGGGGGUGCAGUAUGCUUUGGUAGCAGUGGUGCACUGUGAAACAAGCACAGGUAGUAUCAACCCUGUCGAAGAGCUGGGCCAGACCAUCAAGCAGUACCAGCCGCAAGCCGCUUACCUUGUGGACGCCAUGAGCAGCUUCGGCGCUGUGCCAGUAAAGAUUCAGAAUGGGCAGAUAGACUACUUGGUUAGCUCAGCCAACAAAUGUCUUCAGGGCGUUCCUGGUUUCUCGUACGUCAUAGCCAGGAAGUCCGAGCUCUUUAAGUGCAGAGGUAAUUCUCGCAGUCUUAGUUUGGACCUGGCGGAUCAGUACGAAGGAUUUGAGGGGAACGGACAGUUUCGUUUCACCCCUCCAACACACACCCUGCUUGGAUUUCUUCAGGCGCUGCAGGAGUUUCAGGAAGAAGGGGGUGUUAAUGGAAGAGCCAAGAGGUACAAGCAGAACUGCACGGUGCUGCAGAGAGGAAUGGAAGAACUGGGCUUCUGUAAGUUGCUGUCUAGAGAGUGCGGAGGCUAUAUCAUCACGACGUACCACUAUCCUAACCACCCCAACUUUAACUUUGAGGAAUUCUACUGUAAGCUGUGUCAGCUCGGUGGGUUACACGUCCAGUAUGAGUUAUAAGCAAAUAGUGUCUGGGA